GGGGUUCAAGAAUUUUUUUAUUUUACAAUGUUUCAGUUAUUAAGGUUUAAGAAAAUCGAAGCUUGUCUUUUAACGUUCCCAAUAUAUUUUAUUUCUUUAAGGGAGGGCGCCGUAACUCCAAAAUACCGAAAUACCAGCCUUUCCGAAAAAAACCGUCAAAAUGCCAGACUUGUGGAAAACAUUUUUUUUCGACAAGUUUGGCGUUUCGCUUAAGUCUUCUUUUUGGUAGUAUUUUUUUGAAAAAAAUUUUUUUGAAUACUGGCUGAUAUUUCUCCGUUUUUAGGUAUUACGGCAUUCUACCUUUCUUUUACAUAUUUUGUUUUUGUAUUAAUAUUCAUUCCGUAUUUAAAAAAAAUUUCACAAAUAAAUUGGAUAAAAAAUUGGAUAUGUUCUUUUAAAUUUUUAGUUAAUUUUUAAUUAAAAAAAGACCAUAUAUUUGAGCAUUAUAAAUAUUAAAAUAAUUUUUCUAGAAAAUUUUAGACCAAUUUGAACAGCUCCAUUUUUGGACGACGUUGUGGUUCUUAAACGGCGCUUCCAAGUUUUGUCGUAAAGGUUGGGCAGCAAAGAUGAUUGGAAUGAUUUUGCUCCAGUUGAUGAACGCUCAAAAAUAGCGUAGUUUCCGUCGCUUUUUGAAAAGCUAGUGGAAGAGCCCUACCCAAAUGUCCUCUCUC